AAAAAAACAGAAAAGAGAGGCGAGAAACAGAAAUUUAAAUAGUCAGCAGACAUCAGUGAGGAGAGAACAGAACAAGACAAAACAGCAUCAUCUCUAUUAGUUAUUCUAAGGAGAGAGAAACUGAAUCUGUUGAGCAUCAAGGAUGUUUGUUCUCAUCUGGGCAACUCUGCUUUUCAGCAGUGCUGAAGCAGCCUGGGGACGAGAACACUGUGUUGGAAGAUACUGUGUUACUCUCAGUGAGCGAGAACUAACAGCAGAGGCUGGACUCUGUGUUGUGAUCCCGUGUUCUUUCACUACUGCUGAUGAGUUUACACCCAAACAUACAGUUUGGUACAAAUGUGACGCAUCUCAACACAGUUGCAGCGAUGCUGACAUAAUAUUUCACAGCAACAAAAACACAGACAAAAAAGCUCAGUCUGGGUUUGAAGGACGAGUGUCACGUUUGGAGCCUGAUGUGAGUCAGAAAAACUGCAGCAUCAUCAUUAAUGAUCUGAAAGAGUCUGAUUCUGGAUCAUAUCAGCUCAGAGUUACUGGUGUACGGAAUGGACAACAAGAUGGAUUCACAUUCAUUCCUAGAGUAACUGUCUCUGUUAAAGGUCUUAAUCAGAAGCCCACAGUAAUGAUUCCCACACUGACAGAGGGACAGCAGGCCACACUGACCUGCACUGCUCCUGGUCUCUGCUCUGGAUCUGUUCCUGAAAUCACUUGGACAUGGAGAGGAGCAGGAGGGACUGAAUCUUACAUUACAGGAAACAGCACUGAUUUCAAGACUGAGAGUCUGACGGCUUUCACACAAAGACAUGAGUCAACUUUGACCUUUAACCCUUCAUCUGAAAACCACAACACCAAUGUGACCUGUAAAGUACACUUCAUUGGCAAAAUAAUGAAAGAAGAGACUUCAGGUUUGAAUGUGAACUAUAUGAAAAAAGUUCAAAUUACUGGCAUCACAACUGUUAAUGAGGGAGACAAUCUGAAUCUGACCUGCAGUGUUGAAAGUUUCCCUCCAUCUCUGAUUUUAUGGUCUAAACUUGGUUCUGUCACAAACCUGCACAAUGACACUGGAUCAGCCAGACUUGCCAUCCAGAAUGUGACAACAGAAGAUUCUGGACAGUACAUCUGUACAGCAACACAUCUGGACACAACUAUGACUUCUUAUGUCAAUGUGGCUGUAACUUAUAAAAGGAAACCUCAGAUCAUCGGGAAUACAACAGUCAGGGAGGGAGAUGUUCUGAAUUUGACCUGCAGUGUUGAAAGUUUCCCUCCAUCUCUGGUUAUGUGGUCUAAACCUAGAUCUAACCCAAGCCAUCACAAUGGAACCUACACUGACCUGCACAAUGACACUGGAUCAGCUACAGUUGUUAUCCCAAAUGUGACAACAGAACAGUCUGGACAGUACAUCUGUACAGCAACACAUCUGGACACAACUGUGACUUCUUAUGUCAAUGUGACUGUAACUUACACAAGAAAACCUCAGAUCAUUGGAAACCCGACUGUGAAGGAGGGAGCUGUCCUGAAUCUGACCUGCAGUGUUGAAAGUGUCCCUCCAUCCCUGGUUGUGUGGUCUAAACUUGGUUCCAACACAAACCUGCACAAUGACACUGGAUCAGCCAAACUUGAUGUGCUGAAUGUGACAACAGAAGAUUCUGGACAGUACAUCUGUACAGCAACACAUCUGGACACAACUGUUACUUCUUAUGUCGAUGUGACUGUGACUUAUAAAAGGAAACCUCAGAUCAUCGGGAAUACAACAGUCAGGGAGGGAGAUGUUCUGAAUCUGACCUGCAGUGUUGAAAGUUUCCCUCCAUCUCUGGUUAUGUGGUCUAAACCUAGUUCUAACCCAAGCCAUCACAAUGGAACCUACACUGACCUGCACAAUGACACUGGAUCAGCUACAGUUCUCUUCCCAAAUGUGACAACAGAACAGUCUGGACAGUACAUCUGUACAGCAACACAUCUGGACACAACUGAGACUUCUUAUGUCAAUGUGAUUGUGACUUACACAAGAAAACCACAGAUCAUUGGAAACGCAACUGUGAAGGAGGGAGAUGUCCUGAAUCUGACCUGCAGUGUUGAAAGUGUCCCUCCAUCCCUCGUUGUGUGGUCUAAACUUGGUUCCAACACAAACCUGCACAGUGACACUGGAUCAGCCAAACUUGCCAUCCUGAAUGUGACAACAGAAGAUUCUGGACAGUACAUCUGUACAGCUAAAUAUAUGAACAAUACCCUUAAGGAUAAAUUCAACAUAACAGUGAUAUAUAAAAGGAAACCUCAGAUCAUCGGGAAUACAACAAUCAGGGAGGGAGAUGUUCUGAAUCUGACCUGCAGUGUUGAAAGUUUCCCUCCAUCUCUGGUCAUGUGGUCUAAACCUACUUCUAACCCAAGCCAUCACAAUGGAACUUACACUGACCUGCACAAUGACACUGGAUCAGCUACAGUUGUUAUCGCAAAUGUGACAACAGAACAGUCUGGACAGUACAUCUGUACAGCAACACAUCUGGACACAACUGUGACUUCUUAUGUCAAUGUGACUGUAACUUAUACAAGAAAACCUCGGAUCAUUGGAAACACAACUGUGAAGGAGGGAGAUGUCCUGAAUCUGACCUGCAGUGUUGAAAGUGUCCCUCCAUCCCUGGUUAUGUGGUCUAAACUUGGUUCCAAGACAAACCUGCACAAUGACACUGGAUCAGCUGCAUUUGUCAUCUCAAAUGCAACAGCAGAACAUUCUGGACAGUACAUCUGUACAACUAACUAUAUGGACUAUGCCCUGAAGGACAAAGUCAAUGUAACAGUGAUUUAUAAAAGGAAACCUCUGAUCAUCGGGAAUACAACAGUCAAGGAGGGAGAUAUUCUGAAUUUGACCUGCAGUGUUGAAAGUUUCCCUCCAUCACUUAUUAUGUGGAAAAAACUUAAUUCCACCACAAAUCUUCAGAAUGGAACUUACACUGUCCUGACCAGUGACACUGGAUCAGCUACACUUGUCAUCCAGAAUGUGACAACAGAAGAUUCUGGACAGUACAUCUGUACAGCAACACAUCUGGACACAACUAUGACUUCUUACAUCAAUGUGGCUGUAACUUAUACAAGAAAACCUCAGAUCACUGGGAACAAAACUAUCAAGGAGGGAGACGAUCUGACUCUGACCUGCAGUGUUGAAAGUUUCCCUCCAUCUCUCAUUAAAUGGUCUAAAUUGACUUCUGUCACAAACCUGCACAACGACACUGGAUCAGCUUCGCUUGUCAUCCCUAAUGCAACAGCAGAAGAUUCUGGACAGUACAUCUGUACAGCUAAAUAUAUGAGUAACACUCUAAAGGAGAAAGUCAAUCUAACAGUGAUAUAUAAAAGAAAACCUCAGAUUAUCGGGACUACAACUGUUAAGAAGGGAAAUGCUCUGAAUUUGACCUGCAGUGCUGAAAGUUUCCCUCCAGCUCUUAUCAUGUGGAAAAAAAGUAGCUCCAACACAAACCUUCUGAGUGGAAAUUACACUGACCUGCACAAUGGCACUGGAUCAUCUACACUUGUCAUUCAUAAUCUGACAGCAGAAUAUUCUGGACAAUAUGUCUGCACAGCUAAAUAUCUGGACACAGCCAUUACUAUACAUGCCAGUGUGACUGUGACUUGGUUUUCAGAGACCCAGGAUGGCUCUGGAUGUGUGCUUCAGUCAGAGGUUUUGACCUGUGUGUGUAUCAGUGAAGGGUUUCCUUUACCUACCAUCAAAUGGCCGCUCCUAAAGAACCACACUGAGUACUCUGUCAUUACUACGGUCUCUAAACACACAGUCAACAGCACUGUCAGUGUGACUGUAAACAAACAUAGCAGCAGCACUGUUGAAUGUGUGAGUAACAAUGGAAAUGGAGAGAAUAGAGAAAACCUACUGAUCCACCAAAUCUUGCCUGAAAAAUAUGAGCAAUCGUCUAAUUUAAGGGUGGGAUGCUUGAAAGUCAUCAUUGGCAUUUUGGCUGCAGUACUUCUUUCAGCAAUCGUUUGCUGUUUUACCAAAAAUUGGUACAGAAAAAAUCAGAAGACCUCAAGAAAUUCAGAUGAGACUUUGGAGAUGGAGAAACAGCAAGAUGAUAAACUGCAGCAGUGCCAGGAAAGCAGCAAAGAGGCAAGAGAGGACGAAGAUGGAGUAUGCUGAAAUCAAAAAAGUAAAAGCAGAACAGGUCCAAGAUGCUCGAGAAGGAAAGUGAAAUGUUGGAGGCCAAAGAGGAGAAGGAGAUGGAGCUGGAGAUGAAACAUUGUCAACCAGAAAAAGAGGAAGGAGAAGAUGAAGCUGUGUACUCCACUGUGAAUGAUCCCAGUUAUUCUACUGUCACUGUGUCUUUUUUCUUUUAAUAACCCAAAUAAAGUUCUCUGCAGUUAGUUAGACACUUCAUUAAGACACUGAAGUGUAUAUGUAAGAUCCCAAGAACCACCUCAAUGAUCUGUGCCCUAAGAUAUCAUGCGGGUUUCUUUUACAUGUUUCAUUUGACAAGAAUAAAUCUAUACUUAAAAUGUCCAUCUAGUCACAAAAAAUAACUUUCUAGGGUUAAUAUGAUUCCUUUUUAAAAAUGUUAUUUAAGACUUAGCCUACAUUAAACAUCUAGAUUUUUUUUAAUAUUACAAAAUCUUGACAUAUAUGUUGGUGACAAUACAGUGUCCAGACAAAGACCAUAUACUUAAGAUUAUAAGUGUCUUUAUCCAAAAAUAAAUAAAUAAAUUAAUUAAAAACAUUCUAGAAAAGUGUGACCUAUACUUUUGGUGGUUUGGGUUGAUUUUUAAUGGUCUCUGCUCAUUUUCAUUUAUUAUUCUUUCUUUGUUUUGCUAACAAAAGAGGACUUUUUUGCUUUCUUUGGCCAUUCAUUGUGCUCACCAGAAGGGGGCAGAGUAAACCCAUUACCACUGUGAAAUUAUAAGUCAAGUAGAUGGUGUGGUCUGUUAUCACUGGUGCUGCCUGGCUGCAGAUUUUGUAUUUUGCCUGGUCUUGUAUAAUGCAUUAAUAAAAGUGAGCAUUUUAUACAUCUCUAA